AUGCGGACGCGGUGUCUAAUCCUUUCUUCUUGGGGACUGUGGAGACCCCUCGCUUUCUCAGUGAACUGGACGCAGUUGUGCAGCACUACACCGUCCGCCUGGAGUCUCUUUGAGGCCCCCCUUAUACCCCAAUCUCAAACAGUAGGCCUGCAGCAGCAGCAGCAGCAGCAGCAGCAGCAACAGCAGCAGCAGCAGCAGCAGCAGAAGCAGAAGCAGCAAGCAGAAGCAGAAGCAGAAGCAGCAGCAGCAGAAGCAGGAGCAGCAGCAGCAGCAGCAGCAGCAGCAGCAGCAGAAGCAGCAGCAGCAGAAGCAGCAGCAGCAGAAGCAGCAGCAGAAGCAGAAGCAGCAGUAGCAGCAGAAGCAGCAGCAGAAGCAGAAGCAGCAGCACCAGCAGCAGAAGCAAAGCAGAAGCAGCAGCAGCAGCAGCAGCAGCAGCAGCAGCAGCGGGAGUGGCAGCAGCAGGAGUAG